GGCGUUCAUGCAGUGGCCCGACUCCGACAGCUUUAAAAAAAAAAAAGCAGUUUUUUGCAAUAAUUGCAUAAAUUUUCCCAAUCCACCAAUCUUGACCAUUCUAAUCACUACAAAAAUCCCCCAAACCGACACACAAUCUGAUCAUUGAAGAAUCAGGUUCAAUUCAAAGAUGAAAAUUUUUCCCAGGAUGAUUCUACUGCCGCUAUGGGGAUUUCUCAUCUUGUCCGAUCAUCGUCUUCAACUGGUCUGCGCAGAGAGAUCAGUGUACAUUGUCCACAUGGACAGAUCCCUAAUGCCCAUGGUCUUCUCCUCCCACCGUCACUGGUACUCUUCCCUCCUCCUCUCUGCCCAGACAUCAUCGGACUCCGACCACACUCUCAAACAAAAGCUUAUCUACGUCUACCAGAACGCCUUCCAUGGCUUCAGCGCCUUACUCUCAGAACACGAACUGGAAGCGCUCAACACGGCCCCAGGCUUCAUCUCUGCUUACAAGAACACGCCCGUGUCGACCGAAACUACCCGCUCCGUCGAUUUCCUCUCCCUCAGCACCGCCGCCGGAAUAUGGCCGGCGUCGAAGUACGGCAAGGACGUCAUCAUCGGCGUCGUUGAUUCCGGAAUUUGGCCGGAGAGCCUGAGCUUCCGCGACGACGGGAUCGGAAAAGUCCCCGCCCGGUGGAAGGGGAUCUGCCAGGCCGGAGAACAAUUCAAUUCGUCGCACUGCAACCGGAAAUUGAUCGGAGCUAGGUACUUCAACCAGGGGAUUCUGGCGGCGGAUCCGAAUAUUACGAUUCCGAUGAACUCCGCCAGAGAUAUCGACGGCCACGGCACUCACGUCGCCUCCACCGCCGCCGGAAACUUCGUCUCCGGCGUGUCGUACUUCGGUUACGCCGGAGGCACGGCGAGAGGCGUCGCACCACGCGCCAGGCUGGCCGUGUAUAAGGUCUUGUGGAGCGUCGGCGGCAGCGGAGCCGCUGAUACCCUCGCCGGAAUCGAUCAGGCCGUCGCCGACGGAGUCGACAUUUUGUCGAUCUCCAUCGGCGCUGGAUUCGACGAUUUCAAUCUUUAUCAGAACUCCCUGUCGAUCGCCAGUUUCGGCGCUCGACAGAGAGGUAUCAUCGUUUGCUUUUCAGCAGGUAAUCGGGGCCCCGGAACCCGGACUAUCCGGGACAAGGGGAUCCCGUGGGCGGUAAUCGUCGCCGCCGGAACAAUCGACCGGUGGUUCGCCGGGAAAUUAACUCUCGGAAACGGAAAAUCCUUUACCGGAUGGACUCUUUUUCCCCGGCAAGCUUCGAUUAAGAACUUGCCGGUUGUCUACAACGAGACAUUGUCCGCAUGCGAUUCGACAUUGUCGGAGCUCACCGAGGAAGCGAUCAUCGUGUGCAAAACCGAGCCCGGAUCGGUGUUUCUCGACAGCACGUUGUUAAACGUGGCGCGUUCGAAAGCCAAGGCGGCGAUCGUCAUCGGCGAGGAUCCGAAGAUUUUCAGGACGACGAUGUUUCCGCAUCCGGCGACCGUCGUCAGCCUGUCGGAGGGCCAGGAGGUGAUCGAUUACGCGACGAAGGGUUCGUCGCCGACGGCAACGAUCGAAUUCCGGCAGACGAUCGUCGGUCCUGGCCGGAAGCCGGCUCCGGCCCUGGCGGAGUUUUCAUCCAGGGGACCUGCCAGGAGCUAUGAAGGGAUCCUGAAGCCCGACGUGACGGCGCCGGGAGUGCUGAUCCUCGCCGGAAACAGCCCGGGAGUGGCGGCGGCGGCCAUUAAUGAAACGAGCCUGUUUAGUAACUACACGCUCCUGUGGGGGACUUCCAUGGCCUGUCCGCACGUUUCCGGCGUCGCCGCCCUUCUGAAGGCGGCGCACCCCGACUGGAGCCCGUCGGCGAUCCAAUCGGCGAUGAUGACCACCGCCGGGCAGUUGGACAACGCCGGGCACCCAAUCAGGGAGGAGGACGGUUCGCCUCUGUACGCCUCUCCUCUAGGAAUCGGGUCGGGUCAGGUGGAUCCGAAUCGGGCGAUGGAUCCGGGUCUGGUGUACGACAACACGCCGAAGGACUUCGUCGACCUCGUCUGCGCGAUGAAUUUCACGGCGAAUCAGACUCGGACGAUCCUAAGAUCGAAUUACAAUUGCUCGACUCCGUCGUCGGAUCUCAAUUACCCGUCGUUCGUCGCCGUGUUUCAGCCGCCGGAGGAGGGGCGGACGCUGACUAGGAGGUUUCAGAGGACGGUAACGAACGUCGGCGCCGGCGCCGCUACUUACAGUGUACGCGUAGAGGCGCCGGCGAACACCACCGUAAGUGUCCGGCCGGCGACGCUGGUUUUCCGGCGGAAGUACGAGAAGGUGAAGUAUAGUUUGAGUGUGAGAUUUGUGGCGAGCCUUGAUGAGCAACACAGGCCUGGAUCGGUGACGUGGAUCGAUCGGACGGGGAAAUACAGUGUGAGAAGUCCGAUUAUGGUCUCCGCCGGCGCUGAUUUCUUCGAGUAGUUUCGCAAUGUUUUCAUGUGGCUGUAAUUCGAGAAAUAAAAUUGUCUGCUUGUUUA